AAUCAAAUAACACAAAAAAUUUAAUGUUGAACAAUUUAAGAAAUAAUGAUCUAGUGAGCGAUAUUCAAUACGAUAAAUUCGAUGGAAAAAAUCGAGCAAAAAAGUAACGAGACAAACAAAGUGUGGUACCGUUUAUUAUUUGGCAUUUGUGCACCGACCAACGAACAAAUCCAUACACCAUUGUCCAUCCAAACGACAAUAGAUUGAAAAAUUGCAACAAAUAACCAGCAAAACAAACGAAAUAGAAUACAAAUAACAUCAAACAUGGAUACAUUUAGGAAAUGGUGGAACAAACCCAAGGCGGAUGAUAAAUCAAUUUUGGCCAGAUUUUAUUAUGCAGACAAAGCGUUAACAGCGGUGGCUAGUGAAUUAGAUAGUUUUGACGGUCGAGCAGAACCGGAAAGAUGUUCACGACUGGUCGGAAGACUGAGACAAGGCCAGGACCAAGUGCUAGCAAUAACAAAUAUUAUAAUGGAUGAAUUGUUGGGCGAAGAUCGUGCACCACGAACAUUUCGCGCAAAAUUCCCCGAAGAAGUAUUACAGGAAAGUUUAGCCGGUCAAUUAUGGUUUGGUGCCGAAUGUUUGGCGGCUGGUUCAUCAAUUAUGAAUCGUGAAACGGAGAGUGCACAAAUGCGACCGUUGGCCAAAGCAGUUACCAAAUCAUUGGAUCAUGUACGAAAUCUAUUGCGUGAACAAUGCCUUCGAAAUAAAACGCCAAAUUCGUUGACAUUGAAUUUGGAUUUAAAUGAUGCGGUGACGGAGACAUUGUGCGAAAGUCUAAAGAUUUUCGAUCGUUUAUUUGCCGAAUUUGAGCUAUUAUAUGUGAGCGCAAUGGUACAGGUGAAAUCAAAACAGGAACAUGAAAUGCAAGAAUUGAUUUGUGUUUUAUUUUCGGAAACAUUACAACGUGCCCUACGUAUUGGUUUGUUGGAACAAGAGCAAGUUGAUUAUUAUGAUCCGGCGCUUAUGUUUUCGAUACCGCGUUUAGCAAUCGUGGCUGGUUUGGUUAUUUAUAAUAAAGGUCCAUUAAAUAUGUCAAUGCCAGCCGAUCAAUUAUCGGAAAUGUUUCGUCCAUUUCGAACGCUUUUAAUCAAAAUUCGCGAUUUAUUGCGAACAUUGAAUGCCAACGAAUUGUAUCAAUUGGAAAAGUUAUUGUGCACAAACGAAGACAUUCACAUUUAUACAUCAACGCAGGAAUCAAAUCCGAAUGAUAGUGUGGUGAGCGAUGAAAUGUCAACAACAAUAACAACACCAACAACGGACACAACCGAAACAAUAACGACCACUACAACCGCUCCACCAACACCGGCACUACCAACCAGCGAAAUAGCCAAUUUUAAUUGUGAUGAUUCCGAUGAUGAGGAAAAAUUUAUUGGAAGUAAUAGUAGUGCGAGUAGCACAAGCAGCGAAAGCACAACGAGCACGGUGAGUCGCACGAGUAGCAAUUCAAGCCAAAGUACAAGCACCGGUAGCAAUAGCACAUUAGAAAUACCAAGCGCCAUCGAAACCGAUUUCGAUCGACGAUUUUCAUCGAAUCGAAGCAAUAACAUUAGCACAACAAUGAUCAAUGACAAUGAAUUGGCACCAAAUCACAUUGUAAAUGUUUGGUCGAAUGCACCAUAUUCGAAUGCUGAAGCAUCGUCGACAUCGUUGCUGGUUGAUUCAACAAUCGAUUCAGAUUCAUCAACGAAUCGCAAUAAAAAUGAAUGGAUAUCGACAGAAUGUGCGUCCGGCUAUUUAAUACCAAAUACAAAUUUUGGCAAUUUACUCCAAACAACUGAUACUCCAUUGACUGAUAGCUUUAUCUCAAGUGACGAUGAAUAUACACAGAAAAAUUUAACAACGGUCACUGAAAAUGAUGAUCCAAUGUAUGUGGUCGGUUCAACAUCGAUGGAUACGAUGGAUAGUGAAGCCGAUAUGGCCGUUAUUCAAUCGAUGAUGGAUAAUGUACGUGUUUCAAAUGAACCGAAUCACAUGCAAACGAUUCCAGGUGUGGCCAGCGAUAUCAGCCGAAUGGCAAUGAAACAUACGACCAAUUGUGGCGGUGAUUCGGGCAUUGGCACGGCUGAAAAUACCAGUUUGGAUCACACGCCCGAUUCAGAAAUGAAUAAAUUAGUUGAUUCGACAACGACAAAUGAUGUCACUAUAACAAAUAAUGUACCAUCCAGAUCACAGCAACAACAACAAAAUGAGCAUGAGCAACAACAACGGAUCGAAAAUUCGUUUGGCAUGUAUGGCAACGAAACAAAUACACCAAAUACAUCUGAAAUUUAUAAUCCAAAUACGCUUUACCAAAACUAUGCAACACCAACCUACUACCAUUCACAAGAGCAUGGCGCCGAACAACAAUAUGACGAGGUGAGUCUUCCAAUGCCACCACAACACCAUACGAGAUUACAUUCAUCGCAACAAAACCAUUCCCAGUCGCAGCAAAGUCGACGCAGCGAUCGAUACGAACGAAAAUCAUGCCCAAAAACGAAUAGCAGCCAUUCGAGCAGCUCAAAAACUAGUUCGGGUAAUACGCGAAAACGUUUGGCCAGACGUCGAACCACACGAAAUACUGAAGAGAAAGUUUCCAUAUCAUCGACAUCGUGUAUUUACUCCGAAGGUGAUCCACAAGAUGUUUGGCACAGUUCCGGUCGCAUGAAGUUCAAGAGUACGGAAAAUUUGUUACAUCGUCUAUUUGUGUGCAUUGCCGGUGUUGCUGAUCAGUUGCAAACAAAUUUCGCAUCCGAUUUACGGCAAAUAUUGCGCAGCGUAUUUUUAAUGAACGUUUCACCGCCACCGAUCGAGGACAUUGAGAUUGACAUCAGUGGCAAAUCGAAAGAUUCAACGAGCGAUUUAUUUGAGUUUCGUGCAAGCGAAAAUGAUGUGAUACAUGAAAAUGAUGGUGGAUCAAAUCAAAGUAUUUAUUCGGCGGAAGAAGCAAAUCCAGAAAAUGAUUCCGUAUUUGAGCAGUCAAUUGUUCAAUCAUUGCCGCCCGGUUCGGAUCAUCAGGAGCGAAGCGCAAGCCUCGAAACUGAAAUUCGAAUAACACACAGUCGUGUGAAUGUUGAACGAAGUCAAAGUUUGAGCGAUGAUUCAAGCACGCGACCCGUUUCAUUAGUUGUGAAUACAACGCAUCAAAUACAGUGCGUUGAACGAAAUGGCAACCACACCGAAAUAAAUGAUAACAGUCCACAGACGAAUGUGCCACGAUUAAUGGCAAAUGUAAAUAAUAACAAUGCAAAUGUGAACAAUAAUCAAACGUCGCGAUCGGUUGACAAUUCAUCGACGAUGGCAACAACAACCACAACGAUUAUACUGACAACAAACAGUCGACUCAAUCGAAACGAUCAACAAUCUCAACCUCAACAACAAAUUACCGAAACACCACCGCGUUGGAUACCCGACGAAGAAGCCGCUCAAUGUAUGUCGUGUUCACAAACGUUUACAACGUUUCGACGACGUCACCAUUGUCGCUGUUGUGGCGGUGUAUUUUGUGGAAUCUGUUCAAAUUCUCAGGCACCGUUACCGAAAUUCGGGCUCAACAAAGCAGUGCGAGUGUGUCGAAAUUGUUUUUCAAUGAAUAUUACCGGAACUCAAUCAGCUCAUACGUAACAUCUAUGAAAACACCAAUUCUGAUUUCGAUUUAUAUUUUUACGUUUUGUUCCCAAACCAUCACGAAGACAACCAAAAUUUGAUUGAUUUGUUCUUCUAUAUUAUUUUUUUUUCUUCCUUUCUAAUUUUGGUGUAAACAAAAUUUGAUAUCCUUCUUGGAAAGAGUUGUAAAUCAAAGCGAAUGUGAUUUGACUCUCCAACCGUGAUACAAUUUGUAUUUUUAUUAUUAUUAUUAUUUAAAAAAAAAAAAAAAAUUAUUUACACAAAAUUGUAAUAUUCACAUAUUACUAUUAUUUUAUUUUUAUAUAUUUGUAUGUAUUGUACGUAAACAGAUUUUUCGGCUAUUAUGUAUAGGUGUACGCUGAACAAUUUUAUUCAAACAAAAAACUCAGAAAAAAAACUAGCAAAUUAAAUAUGCAUAUGAUUGAGAUGAACAAGAAGGAGAAUAUACGAAAUAGAUAUCACAUGAGAUACUUGUAUCAAUAAAAUAAUUGUAUCCAGUUAAA